UUUACUAAUAUUAAAUAUGAUAUUAAAUAAAUCAGAAAUUGAAACAUUGUCUACAUAAGUAUUAAUGUUAUAUUAUUAAGUUUUUAAAUAUCUAUUAAUUGUGAAUGUUACGAAACUAUAAUAUUUAAUAGAAUAAAAAUUUAAUAUCCAACUCAAAAUGGUUUGUGAAAAGUGUGAGAAGAAAUUAGGAAAAGUCAUAACUCCAGAUCCUUGGAAAAAUGGUGCAAGAAAUACAGUAGAAAGUGGAGGACGUAAAGUCGGAGAAAAUAAAGCACUUUCUGCAGGAAAGACGGUAAAUAUUGAUGUGAUGAGAUGCAAUAGUGAAAAUCGACCUGGUAUGAGACCUGGCGAAUACCGACGGCUCUACUUCCUCGUGGUCUCCACUGGACAGCGAUUGGCGCGGUCCGAUCAUUCUCAUUGCUGACUAAACGAGCUGUCUCUUUAGAAGAAUAAGAUACGUAUUGCCUAACGGCUGGGAGUAGGGUUUUUCCGAGCCUAAAGCAAUAAAACAUCUACAUCGCCAGCUUCCCUUUGCAAAGCUGGAAAUAUAACGCCACAUAACACCAAGUAUGUCAAAUCGAUAUGGGAUAUUAGCUUCGAAAGCGGCACUCGAUGCAUAGCCGACACCAGUUUUAUUAUUAAAUUUAAGUAUUUCUUAUCAACUUUCAAAUAUGUUUUUAAUUCUAAAGAUUUAAUUAAUAUAUUAUUAUUAGUUUUUUUU